UGGAUAUUUAGUGAUUUUUAGUGUCCUUAGUUCCUUUAGUUUUCAGUUAUAUCUGUCCUCUUGCAAGAUUGUUAAUCAAUAUUCGGGGCUCUCCCCUUUGAUCUUGUGAUCUCUUAUAUCUUGUUGGUUAGAUACAUUGUUAUUUACGGUAUUGUAACAAUGGAGGUGCUUGUGUUUGCUGGUGAUUAGCUGAUUGGUGAGGUAUUGCAUCUAUUUGUGAUACUGGUGGUAAUGAUGGUGCCGAGGUUGUGUAAUUGGAGUUAUUGUUUCUAAUUCGUGUAGUUACUGUCAAGUAUUUGCGUCACACUCCAGCCGUUCGACGAAUGGCCUGACUGAAAGUGCAUCAAGAGUUUUAUGAAAAUGUUGAAAUCUGUGGGGAGAACUGUGUUGAUUGUGUUGUUGAUGUUGUUUCUGGUCUCCAGCUUAUUUGAGUUGUACAACCCAUUUUUUGUAAUUAGAUUUAGAAGUAGCUCAAGACUCAUCCAUGUUUCCUUGAUUCCCAAAAUCUCAUUACAUACUCGCCAGUUUCGGCUACUUCUGUCCAGGUGGUCUGUUAUUUGCCUUUCCUGGAUUUCUUUGAUUGCUCAUGCCAGAUGUUUAUUUUCUUAACUUUGGGUCCUGCUUCCCUCAAAUCCAACAGUGUGGCUGCUAAAAGUUGAUAGAAGCACUAGGAAAAAAAUACUCAGGCAUCGCAGGAUCGAUAUCUGAUAAGUCAAACAUGAGUGAUGAUUCUUAUAUUCAAGGUCCAGUAAUUGAAGAGUUCACUUUUCCUGCAAAUUCUGCUCCCUUCAAAAGCUGCCAUGCAUCCACUAUUGUUGAGGUUGAAAAGAAUCAUUACUUGGUUGCAUAUUUUGGUGGUUCAGCAGAAGGCGCAAGUGACGUGAAAAUUUGGUUGCAGACAUACAAAGAUGGCUGUUGGUUACCACCUUUCAUUGUUGAUGAACAACCUGAUGUUCCAAUGUGGAACCCUGUUUUAUUUAAGCUUCCAUCCAAUGAGCUGUUGCUGUUUUAUAAAAUUGGGCAAGAGGUUCAAAAAUGGAGUGGGUGCAUGAAGCGGUCAUAUGAUAAAGGUGUUACCUGGACCCAAAGAGAGCAGCUUCCUCCUGGUAUAUUAGGUCCCUCUAAGAAUAAGCCUCUCUUGCUGGACAGUGGGCUCUUGCUUUGUGGAUCAUCUGUAGAAAGUUGGAACUCUUGGGGGGCAUGGAUGGAGGUGACAGCUGAUUCAGGAAGGUCGUGGAAAAAGUAUGGUCCAAUUUAUGUUAAAAACACAUCCCUCAGUGUUAUUCAACCAGUUCCUUUCCUAACUGCUAGAGGAACGCUGCGUGUUUUACUGCGAUCCUUUAAUGGUAUUGAUAGAGUUUGUCUGUCAGAAUCCUACGAUGGAGGCCAAAAUUGGGGUUAUGCAGAACCUACUGGACUUCCCAACCCAAACUCAGGCAUUGAUGGGGUAAAGCUGAAGGAUGGCCGUCUCUUACUAGCUUACAAUACUAUCUCUAGGGGUGUACUUAAAGUUGCCCUGUCCAUGGAUGACGGUGAUUCAUGGCAUGAUAUUUUGACAUUGGAGAAGAAUCUUGGAAUGGAAUUCUCAUAUCCAGCAGUUAUCCAGUCCGGUGAUGCAUCGGUUCACAUCACCUAUACAUAUAAUAGGACACAAAUUAAGCAUGUUGUUCUCCGACUAAAAUAAUGCAAGGACGACUCAGGAAGGAAAUUUACAAAGAGAUUCUUGUCUGUUUCAAAUGGCGCAGAAAGUGAUCCGUUUUCACUUCAUAGUUCAUGGGUAUGAGUUACUCAGCAGUCAGCAUAUGACCUUAAUGUGGCUGCAUUAUUAGUAAUCAAUUACAACUAUCAAAGCUCUAUGGUCAUGGGUGUAGUUCUCUUAAGACCAAGAAAAUUUUUGUUGUUCUCUAAAUGUUCCUUUCAAAAGCUCAUAUGUAAUUAAGACAAGUUGGUCCAUAUUCAUUACAAUGAGGGAGUUUUAUCUAAAUAGGGAACCAUUUUAAGUAGGA